AUGACUAAGAUAAGUUUUAAAACAAAUAUAUUUUAUUGUAUUAUGUUGAUGUUCUCAACGACUGCUGCUCAAAAACCAUGGGAAGCUGUACCUCGUACCGAUGCUCCUUGGCUCACAUUUCAUCAAGCGUAUGUUCAGCAAGCAGCACAAGCUGGUGCAAACAUUAAAGUAAUGUUUUAUGGUGAUUCAAUCAUACAACGUUGGGGAAUAGAAGGUCUUCAAAUUUGGCUGGCUAAAUAUCUACCAAGAGGUUCCGUUGAUAACGGUAUUGAAGGUGAUAUUACUCAAAAUGUUUUGUGGCGUAUUCGUAAUGGUGAGCUCACUGGUUUGAAUCCAAAACUGGUUGUUCUUAUGAUCGGCACAAACAAUAUUAAUCAAGCAACACCGGAUGAAAUUGCCGUCGGUGUGCAAACUAUUUGUCAAGAAUUUCGACAACGACUUCCUAACACACGCAUUCUCCUAUUAGGUCUUACGCCAAGAUCAGAUGGAACCGCUGUUAGUGAUAUUAUAGCUCUGAUCAAUAGUAAAUUGAUCAAUCUUGAUAAUGGUUACUGGAUUCGUUUUCUUAACAUGAUUUCGUCAUUUGAAAUAUCGCAUACACAAGUGAAACCGGAACUCUAUAUAGAUUCUCAUCAUCUUACUGAAGCUGGCUACCAAACUUGGUACACAAUAAUGGAACCAUUGUUUGCUGAAAUGAUUCAAUGA